GCUAAUUAAAAUUUGAUUUCUUAUAAUAAAAAAAAUGUUAGAAUUUAAUCAUAUAAAUUAUUUGAUGACCUUAAAUUCGAUUUUUAAGUUGUUGCUAAUAUAAAUUCAAAUCAUAGUAAUAGUGUUACCUGUAUAAUUUCUUUAACUGAUGAUAUUAUUGCUACUUCUUCAUAUGAUAGGAGUAUUAGGAUUUGGAGAUUAAAAGACGGUAAUUAAAUAAAAUAAAUAAAUGAUAAAAAUUGUAUUACUUGCAUGUGUUGUGUAAACUUUACUAAUGAUAAAAAUUAAUAAAAUAACGCUUUUUAUUCUGAAGAUGAUAUGUUAAAAAUAGCACAAAACGUAUAAAAAAAUUCAGAAAUAAAAAUUAGUUCUUUAUUAGGAAUUGUUUUGAUUUCAGGAGGUUUUGAAAAAGUAAUUAAAAUUUGGGAUUUUAGUUUAAAAGAUAGUGAUUUUGUUAUUAACGUUCCUAUAAAAUAAUUACAUGGACAUUAAGGAUGGAUAACUAAAAUUAUAUCUUUGGAAGAUGAGAAAAAUAUAGCCAGUGGAGAUGAAGCUGGUGAUAUUAUUAUUUGGGAUAUAGAAUAAGAAAGGUUAAUAUAUAUAUAUAUAUAUAAAUAUAUAUAUAUAUAUAUAUAUAUAUUAUAUAUUUUUAUUUAAUUAUAUUAUUAUAUAAAUAUAAAUAUAAACAUAUAUAUAUUUAAAGAUUUAAACGACUCGCAGCAUCUUGUGGAGAAAUAUUAAGAAUAUUUUAAUUAGAAUAUAGAAAAGGUUAGAGUAGAUAUGGUUUAGCUAAUCAAUUCGAGAGUUGUUUAAUUGAAAGGACUUUUAAUUUGA